UUGGAGCCCUGAGAUUCACGAGGAAUGACGAGAUUGGCUGAUUACUUCGUGGUGGUCGGUUACGACUCCGAAAAGACGGGUGAGCAAAGGAUAAAAUUAAAAAGGACGGCAUUAACCAUGCGUGUCCAUCUCGUUUCUGUCGGCGAGAAUCCUUUAGGCCGAUCUGUUGAAGGCUCAGGGAAAAUAAUCCAGCGUUUUCCACGAAAAGAUUGGGAUGAUGCACCUUUUCCACAAGGAAUAGAGUUGUUUUGUCAACCUGCUGGCUGGCAGCUGUCAACUGAACGAAAACAACCCACGUAUUUUGUGGUGGUUCUGACUGACAUCGACUCUGAUCGCCAUUACUGCGCGUGUCUAACAUUUUAUGAAGCAGAAAUUAAUUUACAAGGAUGCAAACGUGAUGAAUUAGAAGGCGAGGAGGAGGAUACGGGGUUAAUCCAACCUGCACAGGUGUUUGCACCUAAAAGUUUGGUGCUAGUGUCUCAACUGGAUUAUCCUGAAAUUUUCAAGGCAUGCCUUGGCCUCAUUUAUACCGUGUAUGUUGACAGUCUCAAUGUGAACUUGGAAAAUGUGAUUACCAAUCUUUUCACAUGUUUAGUGCCUGUUGCUGGAGGGUCUCAGAAACUCUUUUCAUUGGGAGCUGGAGAUAGACAAUUGAUUCAAACUCCUUUGUAUGAUGGUCUUCCUGUGACAAGCACAAGUGUAGCCCUUCUCUUUCAACAACUGGGGAUCCAACAAGUGUUCAGCCUUUUCUGUGCCGUGCUUACAGAAAACAAGAUUAUUUUUCACUCAACUAGCUAUCAAAGGCUUGGUGAAGCAUCCAGAGCACUAGAGUCUUUAAUAUUCCCUCUGAAGUAUAGUUACCCUUACAUUCCGAUUCUCCCUGCACGUCUCUUGGAAGUACUAAGCUCACCAACUCCAUUUAUCAUUGGUGUGCACUCCAUGUUUCACAGUGAAAUUCAUGAACUGUUGGAUGUAAUUAUUGCUGAUUUGGAUGGAGGUACCAUUAAAAUCCCAGAAUGUAUUCACCUCUCCCAGUUGCCAGAGCCUCUAUUACAUCAAACACAAGAAGCACUUUCUCUUGUUAUUCAUCCAGAUCUGGAGGUAGCUGAUUAUGCUUUUCCUCCUGUUCGUACUGCUCCUUCUAAUCUUAGACUGUUGGAUAAGGAAAUUAGAGCAGUCUUCCUUAGGUUGUUUGCACAGCUCUUUCAGGGGUAUCGAUCAUGCUUGCAACUGAUUCGAAUUCAUCCUGAACCUGUGAUACACUUUCACAAGGCAGCCUUUCUGGGACAGCGUGGAUUGGUUGAAAAUGACUUCUUGACAAAGGUUCUUGAUGGAAUGGCAUUCGCAGGAUUUGUGUCAGAAAGGGGACCUCCCUACAGGUCCUGUGAUUUGUUUGAUGAUUUGGUUGCCUUUGAUGUGGAAAGAAUCAAAAGUGAGGAGGGAAUUCCACCAAAAAUGUUAAAGCACAUACGAGAGCUUGCAGAACAGCUGUACAAGAAUGAAAAUCCAAAUCCACACAUGGCAUUUCAGAAAGUACCUAAACCAACUGAAGGUUCACAUAUGAGAGUGCAUGUACUUCCAUUCCCCAAGAUAAAUGAAGACAAAGUAGAGACUCUUCUCCAAGAAGGCCUUGCUAAGCACCUAAAUUCGCCUCCUGCUGUUCGGGUUGAGAAAAAAUGUAUUGUGCCUGCUGGCCCACCAGUUGUCUCAAUAAUGGAUAGAAUGGGAUCCAUUUUUAACAGUGCACGCAGGCUGGAGGUUGUCCGAAACUGCAUCUCCUACAUUUUUGAAAAUAAAGUACUAGAGACAGAAAAGACUCUUCCAGCUGCAUUGCGUGCCUUGAAGGGUCGAGUAGCUCGGCAGUGUCUCAUUGAAGAAUUAAGUCUGCAUGUUCAACAAAAUCGGGCAAUUCUGGAUCACCAACAGUUUGACUACAUUGUCAGAAUGAUGAAUUGUGCAUUACAGGAUUGUUCAGCUUCUGAAGAAUAUUAUGUUGCUGCUACAUUGCUGCCACUGACAACAGCAUUUUACCGGAAAUUGGCAACAGGUGUCAACCAGUUUGCCUACACAUGUGUACAAGACCACCACGUUUGGGCUAACCAACAGUUUUGGGAAGCUACGUUCUACAAUGAUGUGCAGAAUCAGAUUCGAGCACUCUACCUCACCUCUAGAAAUGAAAGUUUUCUAUCCAAUUUCAAGCAAAAGGAUAAAGAUCCACUACCAACAGAGCAAGAGAAAACGGUCAUGGACAUUGCAGCAGAACAGUUACGUUUAUGGCCAACACUGCAUAAAGAGAAACAGCAGGAGUUGGAAAAAGGAGAAGAAAACACUGUGUUUAGCCAAGCUAUUCAUUAUGCCCAACUCAUGGUAUACUUGCUGGUUCCUUUGGACACAAGCAAAAACAAGUUACUUCGAAAUGCUACAACAGGAGACUGGGAGAGUGGGAGUAAUAGUUUUGUCACUAACAGCAUUGCUGGCAGUGUCGCUGAAAGUUACGACACCGAAAGUGGGUUUGAAGAUGCAGAGAAUAAUGAUGUUGCCAAUGCAGUUGUUCGUUUUAUAACAAGGUUUAUUGACAAAGUUUGCACUGAGAGUGGGGUCACACAGGACCAUAUCAAGAAUUUGCACUGCAUGAUACCAGGAAUUGUGGCAAUGCAUAUUGAGACACUUGAGGCUGUUCAUCGGGAAAGCAGGAGACUUCCACCAAUACAGAAGCCCAAGAUUUUGCGGCCAGCUUUAUUACCUGGUGAAGAGUUUGUUGGAGAGGGGUUGCGUGUUGUUCUGGACCCAGAUGGUCGAGAAGAGGCAACAGGAGGAGCCCUGGGUGGACCACACAUUCUGCCUGCAGAGGGGGCCUUAUUUCUAACCACAUACAGAAUUAUUUUCAAAGGCACACCACAUGAUCCCUUGGUUGGCGAGCAAACUAUAGUUCGGAGUUUUCCCAUUGCAUCAAUGACAAAGGAGAAAAAGAUCAGCAUACAAAACCAGCUGCAACAAAAUAUGCAAGAGGGACUACAGAUUCGAUCAUCAACCUUUCAGAUUAUUAAAGUGGCAUUUGAUGAAGAAGUGAACUCGGAGAUGGUGGAGAUCUUCAAGAAGCACAUGGUGAAGUUUCGGUAUCCACAAUCAGUUUUCAGCACUUUUGCCUUUGCUGCAGGUCAGAAUGCACCACAGAUAGUAUUGCCAAAGCAGAAGGAAAAAAAUACUUCAUUUCGCACCCUGUCCAAGAAUAUUGUAAGAAGUGCAAAGAAGGCUGGGAAAAUGACCAUAGGUCGUCAGUCUACAGUGAAAAAGAAACCAGUUGUUUUGGCAAUAGAUGAGAGAGGCAAUCGAUCAGGCUGGAAUGAGGAAGAUGAUGUUUCAGCUUCAGAUGAUGGUGAACUUCCCACAAGCAGCACUUUGAAAGCUUCAGAAAAGUCAACCAUGGAACAAUUAGUAGAGCGAGCAUGUUUUCGGGACUACCAGCGCCUGGGUCUUGGAACUAUUGGUGCAGGCUCAUCUCGGUCAAAGACAGAACACUUCAGGAUAACUGCUGCCAAUAGGAUGUAUUUACUAUGCAGAAGUUAUCCUGGACUCCUGGUUGUGCCUCAAUCUGUACUGGAUAGCAGCUUACAAAAAGUUGCACGCUGUUAUCGCCACAACAGACUGCCAGUAGUGUGUUGGAAACACUACAAGACAAAAGCUGUUCUGCUGCGCUCUGGUGGAUUCCAUGGAAAGGGAGUUGUGGGGCUUUUCAAAUCCCAGAAUCCACACUCUGCUGCUCCUGCAUCCACAGAAUCAUCAAGUAGCAUUGAACAAGAAAAAUACCUACAAGCAUUGCUGAAUGCAGUACCCAACUUAUCCAAAAUGAAUGGCUGCAACACACUUACUGGGCAUCCCAACAUCAUUCUUUCUCCAGAUACGCCCAUUGACAAACGAUCUUCUCGAGCAACCAGUGUAGUAAAGCAGGUGGUCCCGACACAUUUGGAUGUGCAUCUUCCAAACAGUUUUACACGUGGAGUACUUGGGUACAGAGAUAAACUGUUCACUCAUUCUCAACAAAAGAGUACAGUUAAAGGAAGAGUCUUCAACCAAGGCAUGUGGGCCAGCCUGCGUUCCAGUAGUCGCUUCAAUGCCCAGUUUUCAACCACUGAUGUAGGAGCAAGAUUAGCUGGAAAGGAAUCCCCUGUGACUGCUGGCUGUGACAAUUCUCUGCAGAAUCAGCUCCUAAAGCACCAAGCAGCAUUAUACCUGUUUGGGGAAAAAUCUCAGCUGAGAGGCUUUAAACUUGACCUUGCUAUUAACUGUGAGCUCAUACCUGUGGAUUACUGCGAUGUUCGUCAGGUGAAAGCUAGUUUCAAAAAGCUAAUGAGGGCAUGUAUGCCCAGUACAGUCCCCAUCGACACAGACAUGACUUUGUACAAGCUUCUCGGGGAAUCAGAAUGGCUGCUGCAGAUACAUAGAAUACUGCAACUGGCUGUGGUGAUAGCAGAGCUUCUUGAGAGUGGUUCCUCAGUAAUGGUAAGCCUGGAAGAUGGCAUGGACAUUACAACACAGGUUGUUUCACUUGCACAACUGCUGUGUGAUCCAUUCUAUAGAACGCUAGAAGGUUUUAAAAUACUUAUUGAAAAGGAAUGGUUGUCCUUUGGCCACAAAUUCAGCCAGCGUAGUAAUUUAACUCCUAACAGCCAGGGAAGUGGCUUUGCUCCAGUUUUCCUGCAGUUUCUGGAUUGUGUGCAUCAGAUUCACCAUCAGUAUCCAAUGGAAUUUGAGUUCAACCAAUAUUAUUUGAAGUUCCUAGCCUACCAUUAUGUGUCCAAUCGUUUCAAAACCUUCCUGUUGGACUCUGACUAUGAACGAAUAGAACAUGGAAUUUUAUUUGAAGACAAGAUAGACAAGCAAGCAAAGAGAGGAAUCUGUAUUUGGGAAUGUAUUGACAGGAUUCAUAGGAAAGGACCUGUUUUUUUCAGCUAUUUGUAUAGUCCUGAAGAAGGGGAGAAAUAUAUACUACGACCCUGCAUAAAUAUCUCUGCUCUGAAGAAAUGGGAUUACUACACAGGAGAGACUCUUUCCAGCGGCCCUUCCUAUGAUUGGGACAUGAUCACUGCAAAAGCAGGUGCAUCCGAGGAACUUGAGCAGAUGGAUGGUUCAGUCCCACAAACCCAUAGAAAAGUGGUAUGGCCAUGUUAUGACAAUGUCAGCAAAGUGCAGCCGGAUGCCAUUACCAAACUCCUAGAGGAGAUUGAAAGGCUGGAGAAUGAAUUGAAUCAAAGUCCAGAACAGUGGAAACCGAUCUGGGAUCGAGUAAAAGUUAGUCACAAAGAGGAAAUAAUACCAGAACAAACUAGAGUUACUUCAUCACUCAUGGCAUCUAAUUUGCAGUCCUUCCAAAGAAGGUCCAUGCUACAUUUGGCUGACAGUGGGAUUGGUGAGAAUGAUCGGAGCACCACUACAUCACCUUCAAAUGGAGUAAAUACAAGGAGAGCAGCAACUCUGUAUAAUCAGUUUUCUUCAAAGGAUGUGGAGAACAGAUCAUUUGAAGGUGUACUUUACAAGAGAGGUGCUUUACUGAAAGGAUGGAAACCUCGGUGGUUUGUUCUGGAUAUAACUAAACAUCAGUUGCGGUACUAUGACAGUGGUGAAGAUACAAACCCCAGAGGAUUCAUAGACCUGGCUGAGGUGGAGUCAGUUCUUCCAGCAUCAUCAACUCUGGGUGCGCCCAAGCAUUCAAAUGAAAGAGCAUUCUUUGAUUUGAAGACAAAUAAACGUGUUUAUAAUUUCUGUGCACAAGAUGUACAGAUCGCGCAGCAGUGGAUGGACAAAAUCCAGAACUGCAUUUCAGAUGCCUAACAAAAUACAUUUUAAAGGAUCAGGCGGGAUCAUACCAGUCACAGGAGAUUAAAGCCCUACAGCCUCUAAAGAAAAUAAAAUGAUAAGGAUGUCAAAAGAAUACAUCAGUAAAUUAGGUGAAGACCACUAAUUGUUCAGCAGAAGGAUUUGGGAACCUGCUUCAGCACAUGAAACUUGCACUGACAUCUUAACACAUCACAUCGCUCUUUAACAAUGUGAAAUGUAAACUUCAACCACUAAAGACCUUAAUAUACUGUAAUAUAAAUGGAACCUUUGCUUUCACAGAUUUGCAUGCAAUUUAUAGUCAUUUUAAGUCCUAGUUCUGAAACGUUGUGGAUAGCAUGAUUUUAGAACCUUCAAAAUUAACUUGUAACAUAACAUUUUAUAUUUUAUUGUAUAUCAAUAUCUGAAGUAAAAGAAAAAAAAAACUAUCUUAGCAGUACUCAAGUUUCUAAAAUGUACCACAUUAUAACUGCAUUUGGAAUGUUUGCACUUAAAGCUGAGAGGCAGAAAGUGCGGAAACACUCAAAGUGGUCAUUAAUGAUCAGCUCAGUUCUGUUGCAGCAGUUUUGUAGACAAUGUAAAUAAAUGAAUUUUUUUUCUGGUAGCUUACCUUGAUAUUUAAAGAGGUUUUGCACACUAAAAUUUAAUGGUUUCUUAUUUUUUUUUACAAUUCAUACUUAUUUUUUAAAAAACAUUUUGAAGUAUGUUUGUGUUACUGCCCUAAUGGAGAAUUUAUUCCACCUUUUAACACUUUCACAUUAUUUAGUGGAAAAAUUUUAACUUUUAUGUAGCUUGUGAUACGUUUCUGUGGUGUCUUUAUAGCAUGUUUAUAUGUUUAUUAUGUUUUGUAUUUUUGAAAGAAUUGUAUAUAUGGCUUAAUUUGGCUACAUUUCUCUUCCAUGAAUUGUUGGCUAUAAAUGAACCUAGUUUUAACAAUGUUUUAAAGAGCACUAGCAAAUUAUACAGUUCAUAUAGUAAGUCAUUGCAUAUUGGACCAAAAGAUUUAUCAUGCACAUCUAAAGAAAAUGAAACAAAAGUGUGCAUUUCCUGGAGGCUGAAAUCAACUAAAAUGUCCAUAUUUUCUUAUUAGCAUGAAAGGAAUGGCAAAUAGUUUCCACCAUUCCCAAAUUAUGACCUUGCUAAAGAUUGUCAAACAGUAGCCUCAAUUUGCACAUAAUAUUUUAAUUUUGUGGAGUUUGUAUAUAUCGUUCAUCUGCUUUGUAAAAUACUGAUCUUGUGUAGUUCUUUGUUGAAUUAAAUGCAAAGUCACUAAUUUUUUCCACCAACAGCUUUAUGUAAAUUGCUUCAUGUGACAUUGAC